CAACCCUGUCGGUCAUCUGAGAGUUCCCAUGGACGAGAUGGACCAGAGCGACGGUCAGAACAAUCAUACCUGCUGGUGGCUCAUCGCGGUCAACGAGACCGAGGUCGUGAACGUGACGUUCCACAGCUUCAAGCUGACACCUCCCAACAGAGCUGGGAUCUGCGACCACGACUAUAUAAGGCUUUUCGAUGGAGGUUCCUUGUCUCAUCCGGUCAUAGGAAUCUACUGCGGCGACCAGUUACCGAACAACGGGACGAUCCUGUCGUCGCAAUCGAACUUGCUCAUUUGGUAUCAGUCCGCGAACCCGAUAAAAGACCAAGGUUUCGCUUUGGAUUGGCAACAAAUACCACCGAUGUGCGGAGGAACCAUCGAGCAAGACUUCGGAGCCAUAUACUCGCCGAAAUUUCCCGGGGCGUAUCCGGACGACAGAGACUGCUUCUGGACGAUUCGCGUGUCACCCGGCAAAAGGAUCGUUGUCACUGUGCUAUCGAUGUCGAUAGAGGCUCAUCCGAGUUGUGAAAAAGACUACCUCGAGAUCAACGAGACCAACUACCUCGGCCAGCACGAGCUAGGCCGUUUCUGCGGCCACGCCCAGCCGAAUCCCAUCACCAGCUCGGGCUCGCAGCUCACCGUCCACUUCCACGCGGACUCGGACGGUUCCGGCAUGGACACGGGCUUUCACCUGUCGUUCCUCGCGGUGGCGGGCUCGCCCGACUGCGGCGGCAUCUACACGAGCGAGAGCGGCGUGAUCACGUCGCCGGGCUACCACUCGGGCGGCUAUCAGGCCGGCAUGAUCUGCGACUGGGAGAUACGACUGCCGGCGCGAUCGAAAGUCCUGCUGAAGUUUUUGGAUUUCGGCGUCGAGCGAUCGCCCAGCUGCAUGUACGACUCUCUGCAGAUAUACGAGGGCACCGACCCGAAGAAGUCGCCGCUCGUCGGCAAGUACUGCAGCUACGCCCUACCCGCGCCUCUGGUCGUCAACUCCAGCCGCAUCCUCAUCCGCUUCGAGAGCGACGCCAACAUCGAGGAGAAGGGCUUCGUGCUCAAGUACGAGAUCGAUUGCGGCGGCGUCUUUACCGAGCCCGAGGGCAUCCUCACCUCGCCCUUCUAUCCCAACCGUUAUCCCGGCUCCAAGGACUGCGUCUAUCUCAUCGCCCAGCCGGCCAAGAAAUCCAUCGUGCUGAGCUUCGAGUUCAUGGACAUCGAGGACGGCGCGGUGAGCUACGACGACGGCAACGAGUCGGCCCUCGAGUGCUACUUCGACAAGCUCGAGAUCAGGGACGGCGACACGAGGAACUCGACGCUGCUGAAGAGUCUGUGCGGAGCCGAGCACUACAUGCCGCGCGAGCCCAUCUACUCGACCUUCAAUUACAUGUUUUUGGAAUUUUUCACCGACGGCAACGUGCACAACUUCGGCUUCAAAGCCAAUUACUCCACCAUCGAUCGAGAGUGCGGUGGUAUCAUCAAGGAAGCCCCGGGAACCCUCGACAUACCCGGCGCCGACAUCUCCAUUUACACCAACGAUUGCUUGUGGACCAUUCGAGCACCAGUCGGCCACGCUAUUCAAGUGACCUGGCUCAAUUUUCCCAAUCAGGAGUCCGUCCUCUCCAUGGAGUGCAAUUCCAACUUCAUCGAGAUGUUCGAGGGGUACCUCAGCAACGAUUCCAAGUCUCUGGGGCGCUACUGCGUCUCCAAAGUGCCGCCCCAGAUAAUGACCACUCAGGGCAACGAUCUCACCUUCCUGUAUCACAUGCCCAAUCCGAACGAUCGCUCGGGUACCACCUAUCAGGCGUCCUACAAUUUCAUCAACGACACGAUCAACUGCGGGGGCCGCUACUACUCCGCCACGGGAACCCUGAGAUCGCCGAAUUAUCCGAAAAAGUAUCCGAAAAAUAAGUCCUGCGUGUGGCUGAUCACGGCCCAGAAUAAGUACGUCGUGACGCUCAACGUCAGCUCGUUCGAGCUGGAGACAUCUCAAAAUUGUAAUUACGAUUAUUUGGAGAUAAGAAGUGGAUCUCAAGGCAAUUCACCGCUGCUCGGUAAAUAUUGCGGAUCGCAAAUACCGAGCGAAAUCACCAGCAUGACCAAUCAGAUGUACAUCAAGUUCGUUUCUGACACUUCGCUGCAAGACAAAGGUUUUGAGAUUCACUGGCACAGCGCUACAACAGGUUGCGGUGGAAGACUGACCACCUCGUCGGGCGCCGUCAUGUCUCCCAACUACCCUCAGAACUACUACCACCAGACCACGUGCACUUGGACGAUUCGCGUCGCGGCCGGCAGCGUCAUUCAAAUCGUCUUCAUCGACUUCGACCUGGAGGAUCACGUCAGCUGCAUAUUCGACUAUCUCGAGCUGGCCGAUCUCCAGCCGGACGGCUACGCCCAGAACAAGCGCAAGUUCUGCGGCCGGCAGUCGCCCGGCAGCGUCAUGACGCGCGGCAAUCAGGCCCGGCUGACCUUCCACAGCGACGUGUUCACGAACUCGCGCGGCUUCCAUCUCAAGUACCAGACCCAGUGCCGGAACAACGUCACGGGCCUGCACGGGGUCAUCGAGUCACCAAAUUUCUACAACGAGGCGGACUUCGGCGGCGCGGAGAAUUGCUCGUGGAUCAUCACGGUACCGGCGGGUAACACCGUCAACAUCACGUUCUCGCACGUGGACGUGCAGGCCUGCGACAGCGGCGUCGACUACAUCCUCAUCAGGGAGGGUGACCUGGGCUACCCCACCAAAGAACUGGCCAAAAUUUGCGAGAACAACGAGACCUACCUCGACUUCACCUGGCGCAUCGUUCGCUCGACUCAGCGACAGGUCUUCAUCACGUUCGUCGGCAGCGGCGAGAGCAGCAACCACGUCGCGGGUUUCCGACUCGAGUGGUACGCCAACGGCUGCAGCCAGCGACUGUCCAAGCCGUCGGGCAAGUUCACGUCCCCUGGCUAUCCGGAGGGCAACAAGGUGCCCUAUCCGUUCGUCGAGUGCCACUGGAUCAUCGAGGUCGACAUCGACAAGAGCAUCGAGAUCACUUUCCCCCGAUUGGAGACCACCAGGACGCAUACCUGUCACAUCGACGGAUCGCUAGAGAUCUUCAACGGCGCGGACGAGUCGGCGCCGCAGCUGGCCGACAACCUGUGCUACUCCAGCACGCCGGUGACCUACACGAGCACCGGCCACCGUAUGCUCGUCAAGUACACGUCGACGCCGGCCUACGCGAGCUACGGCUUCGAGGCCGUCUACCGUUCGGUGCCCCUUCGCUGCGGCGGCAAAUUCACCACCCAGUUCGGCGUCAUUCACUCGGCCAAUUACCCCGCCAAUUAUCCGCACAAUCAGUGGUGUGAGUGGCUCAUCACGGUCGACCAGUUUCACGCCGUCAAUCUGACCUUCGUCGAGCUCGAUAUCGAGAAGAGUCGCAACUGCUCGGACGACUACGUCAAGGUGUACGACGGCGCCACGGCCAAUGCACCGCUGCUGGCCACCUACUGCGAGGCGAUACUGAGCCAAGCUUCGCACGUGUCGACGGGGAAUCAGAUGCUGGUCACGAUGCGGACGGACUCGAUGGUCUCGGCCAAGGGCUUCAAAGCCACGUACAAUCAGACCUGCGGCGCGAGAAUAAUCGCCGACGGUCAGGGUGAAUUGAGCUCGACCAAGAAUCUACUCUACCUGGACGACUUGGUCAACUGCUCGUACAUCAUAGUGGCCAAAGAUCCGGCCGACAAGAUCACUCUGUCCUUCAUCCACGUGGAGUUCGUCGACCAGCAGUACUGGACCAACAAGAUCGAGAUCUACGACGGUGAGGGUACCGACGGUACGCUCUUGGGCACCAUAUCCUCGAACGAGGUGCCGAUGCCGUUCUACAGCAGCGGCAACGCCCUGACGGUGCACUUCGUCACGGACGACGAGGGUCUCUACUGGUCCCGGGACAGCUUCAGCGCCAUCUACUCGACCCUGACGACGGCCUGCGGCGGCAAUUACACCGCGGAGAACGGCGUGGUGGCCUCGCCCAACUAUCCCUACAGCUAUCCCAGCAACGCCGACUGCACCUGGCUGUUCAACAAUUCGCCGGGCAAUCGGAUAUUCCUGACCUUCAGUGAUUUUCAGCUGCUCGACAGCGAAAACUGCGAUGUCGAUUAUCUGGAGAUUCGCGAGGUCAACGGCAUAGGCAAGCUCGUGGGGGUUUUCUGUGGCACGAGAAUCAACGCUGUCAACUCGUUGAAGCCGCUCUGGAUGCGAUUCAGGAGCGCCUCGUCCACGGCGGGGGGCACGAGCAAACCCAAGGGUUUCAAGGCCCAGUACGGUUUUCUCUACGGCAACGACGACGUCAGCGGCGACUCGGGCGAGAUAGCCUCGCCGACCUAUCCGCGGCCAUACAAGAAGAUCGAGACCUAUCACUGGAGAAUCACGGUGCCGUUCAACUUCGUCGUACAGGUGCAUAUGUUGGACAUGAACUUCGAGAGCGACGACGAAAGUUGCUUUUCAUCUUUGAAGUUCUACGAUGGAUUCGACAACGACGCACCCAAGCUCGAGGAGCUGUGCGGUAUAUCGAUUAGCCGCAAACCGAUCGUAUCCAGCGGUAACGUCAUGUACAUCGAGAUGGAGAACAACUUCAAUACCCUCGGCAAUUGGUUCCACUUGAAGUGGCUCAAGGUACCGCGAAAAACGAUGACACCCACCAACAUCGAGGACCAAGUCACUAAAAUCGGCAACGACACGACCGUCAUCCUUACCAAGAGCAACGCGUCGUUCGCCUUCCGAUCGCCGGGCUAUCCUCUGGGCUACAACAACAGCAUCAAGUACACGUGGAAUUUCGAGGCGCCGUACGACACCCACAUCACCCUGAAAUUCAUCGUGCUCGACAUCGAGCAGACGGAGAAUUGCCUGGCCGAUCACGUGCUCGUCGAUACGAAUCCCAUGUCCAGCGACUCGUCAAAGGUGCAAAAAUUCUGCCUGUCGAACGCUACCAUGAAUCUUUACACGAGCACGAGUAAUUUCAUGAAAGUCACGUUCGAGACCGAUGCGGUCGAGACUAAAACGGGAUUUUCAGCAAUAGCCUACAUCGUGUGCGGCGGUCAGAUCGAAAGAUCGAGCGGAGCCAUAUCGAUCAACAACAGUCCCAACGAGAAGAUCGACAUGUACGUGCGCAACUGCGAGUGGGUCGUGAAAGUGCGACCGGGCAAGCGAAUCACCUUCCAAGUCGUCGUCUUCGAGGACCCGACCAAGAAGAGUAACGCCCCAGCGGACGAGACCAGGCCCUGCCGGGCCAACUAUUACAUCCUGCAGAACGGCGGCUCGGCGGAUUCUCCCUUGCUGGGCGACGGCAAGUACUGCCGCGCUUGGUCGUCGGACAGCAGCUGGCGCAACACCAGCUCGAAUCAGCUCUUCGUCAAGCUCUCGAUGUCCCAGUCGAAUCUCAAGUUCAAGCUGGUGUUCCGAGAGCUCGGCUACGACUGCGGCGGCAACUUCGAGCUGUCCAAGCUCACGAGCAUCAAGCAGGAGAUCAGCUCGCCGAAUUAUCCCAACAUACCACAUCCUCAUACGGAGUGCACCUGGACGAUCAUGAGCCUGGACGACAGUCGGCUGUCGAUUCACUUCACGGGCCGAUUCGAUUUGGCCUUCUCGGUGGGCUGCGAGAAGGAGUACGUGGAGGUGCGCGACGGCGGGACGGAAUUCUCGCCGCUGCUCGGGCGCUUCUGUCGAAACACCCCUCCGAGCACGAUAACUACACAGGGCAACAUCAUUUACGUGCACUACUUCACCGACGUGCCGGAGCCUCGCAACGGCUUCAAAGCCAUGAUCACUACCGGAGACGUCUGCGGAGGGAUCGAGAGGGAGCCACGGAGCGGCGUGAUCUCGUCGCCGAAUUACCCGGAGACCUACGCGACCAAGUCGAACAAUUGCAGCUGGCUGAUCGUGUCGCCGUCGGCGAUGCAGGGCGUGCAGAUCCAGUUCGAGGACAUCGACCUGCCGAGUCGUCGCAACUGCAGCGAGACCGACCACGUCGCCAUCUUCGAGAGGAACCUCGACGACGCUGAGAACUUUACGCUGAUCGGCACGUACUGCGGCCGUAAAUCACCGGGCCUCAUACAGACGAGCUCGCGCACCGUCCUGGUCGAGUUCGAGAAUUCGUUCGUGAACGCCCGAAUGCCGGCGGCGCGGGGCUUCCGGCUCAACUACACCUACAGCUUCCAGAAGUGCGGCGGCCAGCUCAGCGGCGCCGGGGGCUACUUUCAGACCACCGACUAUCCGCGCGUCAGCGGCUACCAGUACUGCUCCUGGCGCAUCCAGGUGCAGGAAGGCUAUCGGGUCUCGGUCGAUGUGAUCGAUCUGGAUCUGAGCUACAGCCGAGUCACCGCGGGAAGUCAUCUGUCGUUCCACAACGACCCUCACUCCAUGACGACGAUAGCUCUUGUACGCAAUUCCACGCAGUCGAUGACGGUGUCGAGCACAUCGAAUUACAUGAGCAUUUACUACGUCUCGGUGGGAGGUCAUCGAGGCAUGAAGGCCAAAUUUACAGCUAAAUAUCCCGCGCCCUGUGGAGGAAAGCACGAAGACUGGCAAGGUAUUCUUUCGAGUCCAUCGAGGCGAUCCUCGGGCACAAAUUUCACCACGUUUUUCUGCCAGUGGACCGUGAAUUCUCCUAAGGUGGAGAACAACGAUACCGGAGGACCUUCGACGUUGUCUCUCUCAGCUUCUGGAUUGAUUAGCAAAGAUACACCCACGAAAUUCUGUCCGGGUUACUUCAAUUACGUCACCGUGAGAGGAAACGAACCCAUCGCCAAAAUAUGCGGAAACUUCACGAAGACUCCACUGACCGUUCUCAGUCCUUAUAAAUCGCACUCGAUCACGGCUCUCAGCGGAACUUUAUUCGCGUCGAAUUUCAACAUCACCUACAAGUGGCACAAUUGCGGCGGUAUACUGCAUGGUCCUUCCCACGUAAUCGAAUCGCCCACAAAUGUCUCUUAUCCGGUCUACUGCGCUUGGAAAGUCAAGUACCCUGAGACCGAAACGAUAUCGGUGUCGUUCGACGAGAUGAAACUGGGCUCUUGCAACGAGUCUUACCUGCACAUUACAUCGAGAAUCUACAAGUCUCCGACGUUGGGCAUGUACUGCGACGACAACGGCAAAUCGGCCAAGAAUUUCGACAGCCCCUCGAAUCAGCUCUACGUCCAGUACUACGCCGCCGUUCCGGGUAAAUCGUUCAAAAUCUCGGUGAACGUCGAUUCGACGAGUUGCGGAGGGCUUCUGAAAGGAAGAAACAAAUUGAUUCGAUCGCCAGGAUUUCCAUCGGCCUAUCCGAGCAAUGUCGAGUGCGUCUGGGACAUAGUGGCCAAGUCUGGAUAUCACGUCGGUCUCGCGUUCGUCGAGAGAUUCAAUCUCGAAACCAGUGAAAAUUGUCAGAACGACUACGUCGAGAUUUACGACUGGCUCGAGGACCCAAACAACGGAACGGGUGCCUGGAAGAGUCUGGCGCGAGUCUGUGGCCGAAACUCACCGGACAAGCCGUUCAAUUCGACCGGCCCCAAGAUGCGCGUCAAAUUCGUGUCCAACUCGGCGAUCGAGGCCGACGGUUUCAAGGCCAUCUGGUCCUCGGUCUGCGGUGGCGUCUACGAGGCCACCGAGUCGUUGCAGUACAUCGAGUCGCCGAAUUUCCCCCUGGUCUACCCGUCGAACAGCUUCUGCAAUUACACCAUCGUGGCGCCCGACGACAUGGAGAUCACCGUUAACUUUACGCACUUUGCGCUGGAAGGUCGAGACGCGGAAUGCCGAUACGACAACUUGACCAUCCGCAGAGGUCAGUUUGAACGAGAAAAAAUUUACUGCGGCGACAACGGUCCCGAACAAAAAAACGCCCCCGGCAGGCUGGUAAUAGUAUUUCGCUCGGACAACUCGAUCGGUCGUCAAGGAUUCAAAUUUCAUUACUCGUUCAACGAUUGCGGAGGUACCAUCACGUCGCCUCGAAUGAUAAAGCCCUACAUGGAGACGGGCUACGGCUUCCUGAACUGCAUUUGGGUGGUAAAAGCUCCGUCGGACAAGAGUGUCGUGUUGCGCGUUGAAGAAUUUUACAUCAAAGAAUGGACCACGAAGUGCGAUGCGCAUUACUUGCACGUGUUCGAGGGUAAUUCGACCGAGCUGAAAAAUCGGAGGGCAGCUUUUUGCAAUGACGCCGGUGGUAUUUUACCAGUAAUUCAGUCUAUCGGCAAUGUGAUGACGAUCGCUCUUAAAACUUUCCCUUACGGCACCGACGUGGAUAAAUUCAAGGCGGCUGUAUUUUUUGUCGACGGCCCGAAUCAAGGAUGCGGCGGAAACAUAAACGUAGCGAGUGGCGCAGCCAGCGUUCGAUUCAAAACGCAAAAAGCUCACAAGUACAGUCCGUUCGCCGAUUGUCACUGGUUGAUCGUCGCACCGGAAGAGCAUCAAAUCAAGUUCACCAUCGAUAAGAUGGACGUGAAAACUACGAUAAACGGAUCGUUGGUCGAGAAGGCCGAAAAUUGCAGCAGCGACUACUUGGAGCUGAGAGACGGUGGUCCGUUCGCCAAGGUGAUCUUCAGGAUCUGCGGAAGUCAGGCUCCGCCGCCAGUAGUGUCGACGUCCCAUUUGCUCUUCAUUAGGUUCGUCUCGGACGGCAUCCACGAGGGACUCGGAGUCGAGGGAUCGCUCAGAGCUCUCGAAUCACCGUGUGGAAAGACGACUUUGGACAUCAGGAAUUAUACGCAAGUACUGACCUCGCCGCGUUACCCCGACAAUUAUCCAAGUGCCGUGAGCUGCAAGUGGACUAUAAGGACGAAGGAAUCACUGCUCAUCACGUUCAAAGAUUUCGAUAUCAAGGACUCGAAAGACUGCAGCGAAGAUUACUUGGAGAUUAGCGACGAUAGGUCCAAAAAUGUCGCAAGUGGAGGUUUCGGAGAGAAUCUGAUCGCUGGUGGAGUUAAAUACCAACCGAAUGACGUAAAAAUGGCGAGUGUACAAGCCCGAGCUCCGCACAAAUACUGCGGCUCGGAAUUACCGCAUGACUUUUUCAGCGACUACGUAGCGCGCGUCGAGGUUCAUUACAAAGUGACAAGCCCCCAGAAGGGCUUCAAACUCGAGUACGGUGAACCGCCGUGCUCGCAGAAUUACACGGCGCUUCAAGGAAGAAUACGUCUGAGGAAGUUCGACGAUUGCCGGACGAACAUUCGAGUGCCGGACAACUACACCAUCAACAUUUAUUUCCAUCACUUAUUGCUACCGUCGACGAAGAACUGCUCCAAGUGCGCCGUGGAGAUUCGAGAGGGAGGCUUCAACGGCAGCAUCCUCGAAACCAUCUGCAGCAAAUCGGAUCCGGAUCCGAUCUUUAGUACAAGCAACAGCAUCAGCAUUCGUGCUUUCAACACUCUGUUCCGAGGCUUCUCUGAACUCGACCUUACCUACACAUCGACCAAAGAUGGAAGAGGCUGCGGAGGCAGGAUAUACAAUUACGGUGGUGUCUUCAGUUCACCGAUGUAUCCCCAUCCGUAUCGUCAGAAGAGCGUUUGUACUUGGGAAAUAAGCGUACCGCGAGGCAUGAGAGUGACGAUUCGCUUCGACGUCUUCGACAUAGGCUCGAAACGUCUGUGCGAGACGGACAACUUGUCCAUCGCGGAGAUGCAAUCGGACGGACAGAAAAACGUGUUGAUCACUUAUUGCGGCGAAGACGUCCCCGCUGUUUUCGAGGCUCGGAGCGAUCGAGUUUUUGUAACGUACACUACGAGCGUCAAUAACGGAGGCGCCGGAUGGCUCGCUUAUUUCACCACUGCAUCAACUGGAAAAUUAAAUUCUUUUGGCUUGGAAACGAUAUGAUGAAUGUUUUUUGCACACGUGACCGUGACACGAUGAAAUUUAAUAAAUUGACUUGAA